ACAGCCACUGUAACUGCUCGAGCAAGCAUUUUACACACACUAAUCCACUUUGCUUAAAACAUCAACCUUAAUCCGUAGCAGCAUAUUACAACACGCCACAAUUGAAAACUACGCUACUCGUUUUGGUGUGUUAUUUACUUAAUCUUCCUAAUGGCAAAGUGUCUUAACUCAUGUAAAUGGGGAGCUAUGUUCUUACCAUGCAACUAUCCCCCUCUCCCCUUCUGCCUUUUCUGUGCGUAAACCAUUGUGUUGGGUCUCGGGGACAGGUAGGGAAAUAGACGCGGAAACUAUAGUGCCGCUGUAGCACUUGCAAAACCAACAGGAAAAUGUGCACGCAGAGCUCCAACUAAGGCAUUUUUUCUAACACUUUCGAGGGGGAACUAUACAAGUAUGCUGUGAAGCUGUUGUCGCCGUUUGGCUUUUUCGGACCGACUAGGUCAUCUGUGUUACAUCUUUCCCGGGGAGUCGUGAAAGGGAAGGAUGCAGAUUUUUAGUUCGUUUUGCAGUUUGUCCAUUGGAAUAAGACACGAUGCCCUGGAAACACAGGGGUAAACAACGACGAUGAGAAUAUAACAUUUGAUAGCACACUAUGGAUACGUAUGUGGCUGUAAAGGUGAAAGGAUGAGCCAAUGAGGCAGAAUAGCGCUUCAUCACUGGCCAGAGAGAGAAGCCACCUUGCAGCACUCAUCCUAGGGAGGAUAACGGGAGACUUGAUUGUCUGUUGCCAUCAGGGAGACGACGGCAAGGUGACCCGAAGGACGUAACCGGAAGGAAGUGACAGUAGAACGUCAACUAACAGCAGAAAAUAAUGACAGCUAUUCAGGAAUGAAGGUUGGAACAGGAUGACCGCCAAUGAUGAUUAACAUUAAAAGGAGUAUGAGGCCGACUACCAGACCGAAGCAACUUUCCAUCUAACCCCAUCUCACUCUGCCCAACCCUCCUGCCUGUGUCAUUGAUGGCCAUCCGGCCUACACGGUGAGACGCCUCCUGAGUGUUCGACCACGGGGCAGGGAUUUCCAGUACCUGGUUGACUGGGAUGGUUAUGGCCUAGAGGAGAGGUGCUGGGUCCCCGCUAAAGACAUCAUGGACCCGGCCCUCAUUAACAACAUUCACUGCCGGCACCCGAUCAACCAGGUAUUCCGCCCAGGCUGGCUCUUUGUUCAGAGCUCAAGGUGUGAACUGACAGACCGUGAAUGCGUGGCCUUGGGAGUGUAUAGUGGACCCUAUGGCAGAAAACCACACGAUAUAGGAUGCACAGCCAACAACUAUGGUUUGCAUGCCCUGCCGAAGGAGCCAAUCAUCAUGCGGAAUAAGUGGUUGGAGUUCGUUGGUCCCCAGUGUUGUGCACAGGUGGGUGUCAGACUGAUCCCCUGGCCCUGAAUGUAUGCAUGGGACCUACCAGAAGGAGAAAAGCUUGUCAGGCAAGACCUCCGUCUCCCUCUGUAAAAAGGACACGCCGCCGUGAGGACUCUAGUGGCCAGAGUUACUGCCCUGGUGACACAGACGGCUUCAUCAACAGUGACAGGCCCUCCCAGUCAACACCCCUUCAUACGAUUUCCUGCUGCACUUGUUUGACAGAUGUCCAGUCUGCAGCAUCGAGAAGACCAGCAAGGGGGCAUCAUGCCCUCGCUGUGGGCAUUACUAUGAAUGGGACAGUCAGCCACAUGUUGGCAAGUUUCUGGCCUGCAACCUUCACCUGUCAGUGGCAACAGCUUUCACAGGCUCAUCAUUUGUACAAAUAGAGAAGUAUCUUUGAUGACGGGCCAGGAUCUGAUCUACGCUGCUAUGCUCAUCAAUGGCAUGCAAAUGUAAAAUGUAACGGGUCUCUGGCAAAGACCUCACCUCUCGGCAAAGACCUCACCUCUCGCCUGCUCACCAACAGCCGUCGAUGGGGAGAAAAUAAUUAGGUCCCUGCAUAUGAUCUACCAUGGACAAAGUGCUCAGCAGCCUCCUGCUUCUGGGAACCGCAGUGAUGAUGGCCCACGCAUGCCCCAAGUAUUGUGUCUGCCAGAACCUGUCUGAGUCCCUGGGUACCCUCUGCCCAUCCAAAGGCCUGCUCUUCGUGCCUCUGGACAUAGACCGGCGGACCGUAGAGCUCCGCUUGGGCGGCAACUUCAUCCUCAAGGUCACACCGCAGGACUUUGCCAACAUGACGGGCCUGGUGGACCUCACCUUGUCCCGCAACACCAUCAGUGCCAUCCUGCCUUUCUCCUUCCUCGACCUGGAGACCCUGCGCUCCCUGCACCUGGACAGCAACCGCCUGACCGAGCUGGGACCGGACGACCUGCGUGGCCUUGUCAACCUGCAGCACCUCAUCCUCAACAACAACCAGCUCAACCGCAUCUCCAAGGUGGCUUUUGACGAUCUGAUGCUGACACUGGAAGACCUGGACCUGUCCUACAACAACUUGCGGGGCGUACCUUGGGAGUCCAUCCGCAAGAUGGUCAACCUCCACCAGUUGAGUCUUGAUCAUAACCUCAUCUCGCACAUCACAGAGGGAACAUUUACGGACCUGGACAAGCUGGCGCGCCUGGACCUCACAUCCAACCGGCUCCAGAAGCUCCCGCCAGACCCCAUCUUCGCCCGUUCCCAGACUAACUUAAUACUGACCACUCCCUACGCCCCUCAGCUUUCCCUGAGCUUUGGGGGAAACCCCCUGCAUUGCAACUGUGAAGUGCUUUGGCUCCGGAGGCUGGACCGAGAGGACGAUAUGGAGACGUGCGCUUCCCCUACCAGUCUAAAGGGACGCUACUUUUGGUACGUGCGGGAAGAAGAGUUUGUCUGUGAACCGCCCCUGAUCACCCAACACACGCACAAGUUGUUAGUCCUGGAGGGCCAAACAGCUAGCCUGCGCUGCAAAGCUAUCGGCGACCCAAUGCCGAUCAUACACUGGGUCGCCCCAGACGACCGUUUGAUUAGCAAUUCGUCCCGAGCGACCGUGUACGAUAACGGCACCCUGGAUAUUACCAUCACCACGUCCAAGGAUUACGGCACCUUCACUUGCAUCGCAGCCAACGCAGCAGGGGAAUCGACCGCCUCUAUAGAACUGUCCAUCAUUCAACUGCCACACCUCAGCAAUGGUACCAACCACACCGCACAGCCCAAGUCCCGGCUCUCGGACAUCACCAGCUCUACCAAGACCAGUAAGGGGGAGUCCAAACCUGUUCCGGAAAAGGUGGUAUCUGUAUCGGAGGUGUCUGCGUCCUCUGCUCUGGUCAAGUGGACUGUUAGCAAAACAGCACCCAAGGUCAAGAUGUACCAGCUCCAGUACAACUGCUCCGAAGAUGAAGUCCUGAUUUACAGGAUGAUUCCCGUGGCCAGCAAAACCUUCUUAGUCACCAACCUGGUCCAGGACAUGCAGUACGACCUAUGUGUCCUGGCUAUCUGGGACGACACCGCCACCACUCUAACUGCCACCAACGUAGUGGGCUGUGUGCAGUUCAUCACCCGUAACAACUACCCGCAGUGCCAGUCCCUCCAAAGCCAGUUCCUGGGCGGCACUAUGAUCCUGGUGAUAGGUGGCAUCAUCGUGGUCACGCUCCUCAUCUUCAUCAUCAUCCUCAUGGUUCGGUACAAAGUGUGCAGCAGCCCCCAGUCCAGCAAGCUGCCAGUGGUUAGCAACACGUACUCCCAGACCAACAGUGGGAGUACGCAGGUCAAACCUCAGAUCACAACCACAGUGGUGGUAAUGCGGGAUGAGAUGGUGGAAUUCAAAUGUGGCUCGCUCCAGGGCAGCCUCUCCUCGUCUUCAUCUGACUCGUUGGACAGUCGCAACACUAGAGGCAGAUUAGGAAACAAGGACCAGUACAGUCUUCGAGACAUCGAGUUCAGCACACUCCCCAGCACCAGUAAUUGGAGGAGGCACAGGGGGCCAUCAUCAGCCAAGGCUAGGCCCAACUUGGACAACCUUUUAGGGGCCUUUGCCUCACUGGAGCUCCGGAGCUCGGCUACGACUAGGGACCAAGGGGCAUCUUGUUCCUCCACUACCACCUCCAGUGCAUUGGUGGCUGUGACCAUGGCCCCUCCGUCUGACAAGGAACCCUUGCUGGGCCGAGCCGAUUCCACCACCAUGCUGGGGCGUUUUCUAGGCCUGCCCCAGGAAGGGAAGCCCAAGAGGAGCCACUCAUUCGACUAUGGCCACGUGGGUAGCAGCGGUGGCGCACAGAGCCUCAGCAACUACCCCCGUCACAUCAGCAACAUCUGGACUAAGAGGAGCCUGUCGGUAAACGGGAUGCUACUGCAGUACGACGACAGCGAAGACGGUGAGGGCGAAAAGGCGCCAUUCGAGAGCUCAGAGUGGGUGAUGGAGAGCACUGUUUGAGCACGGGUUUAUGUCGGAUCAUGAGGUCAAAAGAGAAACAGACUUGACAGAAAAAACCAAGGGACCGAAGAAUUAUUUGGAAUAAUACCUAUGGGUCAUUCACAGCACUGUACUGCAUGAAGUUCAUCCAUGUGAAUACUAUUUAUUGUCCUUCUGUCCGUGUAAUUCUACCGAAACAAACACCCAGGUUGGUUGUUCCUACGACCGUACAAAUCAAUCAACAGGGUUGGCCACGCUCUCAAUUCGCUGGCAGGGAAGACUGUCCUUAACCGCAUUUGAAAAAAUGUAUGCAUUACGGAACAAAGCCCCUAUGGAAUUGUGCAAAUACAGUAUAUGGAAUUAUGCCCGAACCCUGGGAAUUAAUGUGGGAGCAUCUUUGAAUUCCUCGCCUUUAUUUCCCCUGUUUCUCAAAGUGGAUAUCCUGUGUCUUUAUCUUUCGAGGUCUUUGCCAAGGGGAUUUUCCUGAGACUGGCAAAGUAGAUGUGCAUCACAAUGCUUUAGACCAGGGCUCUCCAACCCUGUUCCUGGAGAGAUACCCUCUGUUGGUUUUCAAUCCCACCCCAGUUGUAACUAACCUGAUUCAGUUAAUCAACUAGCUAAUUAUUAAUAAGGUGCACUAGAUUAGGGUUGGAUUGAAAAACCUACAGGACUGUAGCUCUCCGGGAACAGCGUUGGCGAGCCCUGCUUUUGAGACUCUCAGCAUGAAAAUGGGACUUCUUCAGUAGAAGCAAUGGGAGAGCAAAUGUGUAACAACAUGAAGCAUUUUUCAUGUUUCCUUUUGUUGUUUAUAUAAUUUGUACUAUUUAUUUUAGAGAUCACCAUUGAGAGUUCCACUUUAUGAGGAAAGAAACAAAACACUAUAAAUGAUGGUCAAUCAAGAAUAAUAUACUAUAUCGUUACCCAGUCCCCUCAUGAAAUGUUGUCUUUCUAACAGCCUAGUUUCUAUUUUGGCAGAAACAUAGAGGAAAUCUUAGAUGUACACUAUCUGAUAACCCUGGUCAUUUAUUUCAACACAUCAAUGGUUGAUUCAUUAGGGGAGUUGUGAUCAUAAAAUAUGUAGAGGUUGACUUUCAAACUAGUCACAUUUUCUACCUCAGGUUCUAAAUGACAUGAAAUGCAUAGUCUGAAUGCAGUGGAUUAUUUCAGAAAUAGCAUAUCAUAUGAAAAUAUUCUUCCUGGUGUCAAUUUUCUGGCGAAUCACUCAAUACAAUUAUCAAUCAAAAUCCCUUUUGGUGUAUAGGCUAUUAAUAGGAGUUGCCCCAGGAUGAUACUAGAGGCAUGUGUUACACAGAGACUUAUUGAGAACCCUCAAAUUUAAAUGAAUGUCAUCAUGCUGCUAUAAUCCAAAUUAUGAAAAAUGUAUUUAAUACAAAAAGGGAAAGAGAAUGAUAUUCAUCUACAAAAUGUAUAAAUCAUUAUACAGUGUCUGUCUGAAUACACAGAACCAUGUUGGUUUGUUUAAGUUCAAAUAUCAAAUGUCUGAAUUUAUUGUAUUGAUUUGGAGUUUGGUUUAUUUUCUCAUUUCAUUCUCUAAUAUUAGUCUAUUGUAACAGACUGCGACUGGAUAUGUAUGAAGUUGCAUAGGAACGUGAUGAAUUCUAAAAUGAGUUUCUAUCUGAACUACCGCCUAUGUGAUCAACUCAUAACGGUGAGUCCUCUCUAGGAUCGUGUGCAGAUUCUGAUGCCUUUUAAUGUUCGCUUUGACUCUCUGCUGCAUUACAAUAUCGUUUUUUCCCCAUAUUUGUUUAUUUGUUACUUCUCUUGGUGUAUACUGUUCCGUAUAUUGACAUUUUUUUGUACAAUAACUAUGGGUGAGAAUGUAAAAGGGAAACUGUGCAGUAGUACUUUUAUUUUGUGGUUCAGUAAAAAUGAGAAGGUGCUUUACUGUGGUUUUAUAACAUGGAAUGUGUUUAGUUGGCGCAAUGGAAGGUGACGCUGUAUAACGGAGCAAAUAGAAAUCUGGAAUAAACCUGUGUCUGUUACAGAUAUUACAAUUCUACAUUCAAUUUUGCGCGGUCACCUUCCAUUUUGCUAAUGAACAACAACCCUAUAAGUGUGUACACGACGUGAGAAAGUCAUGAUUCUGACCUGAGGUUAAAGAAAAAAAUGAAUAUGUGUUUAAACAUUUUUGCUACAAAAGAAGAUAAAAUAUGAAGAAUUCCUAAUAACCAAAUGGUGUAUAUUCUUGUGUCUGCAUUGCAUCCGGUACAGUUUGAGAGUUGUUUUUUCCUCACAAGUUUCCUCGAGUCAUGCAAUGACUUUCCUGGAGCUACAUUAUAUUGUGCCUAAACAAUUAACAUGGUAAGACAUUUUUCUAACAUAGCUCUCGAUGCUUUAGGCUGGGCAACAAACUGUCAGCCAUGUUAGUUGUGAAGGCUAGCAAUUUAGCCACAGGGAAAUUGUUUGCAAGUAAACAUUGUGGUGUGUUCAGUGCUAUAACUGUGACAAGUGAACGUUUUUGUGUGCAAGAGAUUGUAGCAAUUGCUAAAUUGAAAUGUAGGAAAUAAUGAAUGCAUUGCAGAUACAGCAGACAACUCCGGUCUAUGAUUAUUGUUUCCCUUAUUACAUUGGUAAUUUAUUACAGUACAGUGUGCAACUAAACAUGAAUCUUCACUGCUAACUAGCAACACUGGCCACUUCAACAAACGUGUCACAUCAUGGAAUAUAUUGUCCUGGAUUAUUAUCAUUGGAUAGAUUUAAAUCAGGAUAACUUGAAUCAUAUCUCCAACAACCAUCUCAUAUCCAAAUAUGUGCAACAUACACUGAGUGUACCAAACAUUAGGGACACCUUCCUAAUAUUGAGCUGCACUCCGUUUUGCCCUCAGAACAGCCUCAAUUUGUCGGGGCAUGGACUACAAGGUGUCGAAGGCUUUCCACAGGGAUACUGGCCCGUGUUGCCUCCAAUGCUUACCACAGUUGUGUCAUGUUUGCUGGAUGUCCUUUAGGUGGUGGACCAUUCUUGAUACACACGGGAAACUGUUGAGCGUGAAAAACCCAGCAGCGAUGCAGUUCUUGACAUACUCAAACCGGUGUGCUUGGCACCUACUACUAUACCCCUUUCAAAGGCACUUCAUUCAUUUGUCUUGGCUAUUCACCCUCUGAAUGACACACAUACACAAUCCAUGUUCAAUAGUUGUGGUCAGUAGUUGUGGUCAAAAGUUGUGUGGAUAUAGUCAGUAGUUAGAUGUUUGUCAGAUGUUGUGUGGUUGUGGUCAGUAGUUGUGGUCCCUAGAUGUGGUCAGAUGUUGUGUGGUUGUGGUCAAUAGUUAUGUGGUUGUGGUCAAUAGUUGUCUGGUUGUGGUCAGAAGUUGUGUGGUUGAGGUCACUAGAUGUGGUAAGCAGUUGUGUGCUUGUGUUCAGAAGUUGCAUGGUUGUUGUCAGUAUUUGUGUGCUUGUGGUCAAAAUCAGAACAUAUUAUUUUGUUCAAACGCCAGAUUUGAGAAGCAGAGAAGUAGACGAAAAUGUGAAUGCUCUGACUUUUUGUCUAAGUCGUUGCAAAGUGGAAUAAUGAGCUGAAUUGCGUCAAAAGUGACAUGACUUCAAGUAGAGAAUGGCAGUUGGAAGUGAUGAUGACACAAUGGGGAUCUUUAGAAUCAUGAUGAAAUGCCAUGAAAAGCGGAUUUAGGCCAAAAAAUUUACUAACAUUUGUGCAAGCCCCACAAUAAAACAAUUAUUCCAAUUUAGUUAAUAAAUUAGCCUUUUACUCAUCAAGAAAAAGUACAUAAAAACACCAGUACCUGAUUUAACUUCCAUAUUAAAAUCAAUAAGAAAACCUUUAUGAAGGAGAAAAAAACAACUUACUGCUGUGCAAUGUCACAUGCAUCACUAUCAAUGAAGACAAGGGUGGGCCAAUUCUAUUGCAGAUUUUCUCAAAUUGAAAUUAAAAAAAAGUCGGUUCUGGAAGUAUUCUAAGGGUGAUUACUAGUUUGCAUAAUAAUUAUUAGAAGCACUAAACAUACAUCAAAUGACCAAAAAUAAGUGGACACCUGCUUGUCAAACAUCUCAUUCCAAAAUGGGUAUUAUUAUGGAGUUGGUCCCCCCUUUGCUGCUAUAACAGCCUCCAGUCUUCUAGGAAGGCUUUCCACUAGAUGUUGGAACAUUGCUGCGGGGACUUGCUUCCAUUCAGCCACAAGCCACAAGGUGCGGGACUGGCACUGAUGUUGGGCAAUUAGGCCUGGCCCGCAGGUCGUGUUCCAAUUCAUCCCAAAGUUUUUUCAUGUUUUUUUACCCUCUUUUCUCCCCAAUUUCGUGAUAUCCAAUUGGUUGUUACAGCCUUGUCCCAUUGCUCCAACUGCCGUAUGGACUCGGGAGAGGCAAACCCGGAAGACGCUGGGCCAAUUGUGCGCCGCCUCAAUGGCCUCUCAGUUGCGGCCGGCUGCGACACAGCCUGGGAUCGAACCAGGAUCAUCCCAAAGGUGUUUGAUGGGGUUGAGGUCAGGGCUCUGUGCAGGCCAGUCAAGUUCUUCCACACGACCUCGACAAACCAUUUCUGUAUGGACCUUGCUUUGUGCACGGGGGUAUUGUCAUGCUGAAACAGGAAAGGGCCUUCCCCACAGGGCAUUCCCCCCAACAGAGUUGGAAGCACAGAAUCGUCUAGAAUGUCAUUGUAUGCUGAGCGUUAAGAUUUCCCUUCACUGGAACUAAUUUGAACGGCUGAUCUCCACAUGUGUGGUUCCCACCAUGAAGCAUGGAGGAGGAGGUGUGAUGGUGUAGGGGUGCAUUGCUGGUGACACUGUCUGUGAUUUAAUUAUUUAAUUAUAAUUCAAGGCACACUUAACCAGCAUGACUACCACAGCAUUCUGAAGUGAUAUAACAUCCCAUCUGGUUUGCUCUUAGUGGGACUAUCCAUUUGUUUUUCAACAGAACAAUGCCCCAAAACACACCUCCAAGCUGUGUAAGGGCUAUUUGACCAAGGAGAGUGAUGAAGAUCUUCAGCAGAUGACCUGGCCUCCACAAUCACCCGACCUCAAACCAAUUGAAAUGGUUUGGGAUGAGUUGGACCACAGAGUGAUGGAAAAGCAGCCAACACAGCAUAUGUGGGAACUCCUUCAAGACUGUUGGAAUAGCAUUCCAGGUGAAGCUGGUUGAGAGAAUGCCAAGAGUGUGCAAAGCUAUCAUGAAGUCAAAGGGUGGCUACUGGUAAGACAAGGGGCGACGGACUAUGUAUUUUUGUAAAUAAUAGCUGGUACAAGAUAUCCAAGGAAGUCUCGAGCUAUUGCUCGCCUGAGGAAGAGUUUCUCAUGAUAAGCUGUAGACCACACUAUCUACCUAGAGACUUUUCAUAUGCAUAUGUGUUUUUUGUAGCUACCACCACAGUCAGAGGCUGGCACUAAGACAGCAUUGAUUUUUCCUUAAGCAAACAAGCAAACGUUCACCCAGUGGCGGCGCGCCUAGUAGCUGGGGACUUUAAUGCAGGGAAACUUAAAUCGCUUUACCAAAUUUCUAUCAGCAUGUUAAAUGUGCAACCAGAGGAAAAAAUACUCUGGACCACAUUUACUCCAUACACAGGGAUGCAUACAAAGCUCCCCCUCACCCUCCAUUUGGCAAAUCUGACCAUAAUUCUAUCCUCCUGAUUCCUGCUUACAUGCAAAAAUUAAAGCAGGAAGCACCAGUGACUAGAACAAUAAAAAGUGGUCAGAUGAAGCAGAUGCUAAGCUACAGGACUGUUUUGCAAGCACAGACUGGAAUAUGUUCCGAGAUUCCUCCGAUGGCAUUGAGGAGUUCACCCCAAAAGUCACUGGCUUCAUCAAUAAGUGCAUUGAUAACGUCAUCACCACAGUGGCUUUAUGUACAUACCCCAACCAGAAGCCAUAGAUUACAGGCAACAUCCGCACUGAGCUACAUGGUAGAGCUGCCGUUUUCAAGGAACGGGACUCUAACCCGGAAGCUUAUAAGAUUUUCCUGCUAUGUCCUCAGACAGACGAACCAUCAAACAGGCAAACUGUCAAUACCGGAUAAAGAUCGAAUCGUACUACACCGGCUCUGACGCUCAUCGGAUGUGGCAGGGCUUGCAAACCAUUACAGAAUACAAAAGGGAAGCACAGCCGAGAGCUGCCCAGUGACACAAGCCUACCAGACGAGCUAAACUAGUUCUAUGCUCGCUUCGAUGAAAAUAACACUGAAACAUGCACAAGAGCAUCAGCUGUUCCGGAAGACUGUGUGAUCACGCUCUCCACAGCCAAUGUGAGUAAGACCUUAAAACAGGUCAACAUUCACAAGGCAGCAGGGCCAGACGAUUACCAGGACGUGUACUGCGAGCAUGCGCUGACCAACUGGCAAGUGUCUUCACUGACAUUUUCAACCAAACCCUGUCUGAGUUUGUAAUAAUGUUUCAAGCAGACCACCAUAGUGCCUGUGCCCAAGAACACUAAGAUAACCUGCCUAAAUGACUACCGACCUGUAGCACUCACGUCUGUAGCCAAGAAGUGCUUUGAAAGGCUGGUCAUGGCAUCAACACCAUUAUUCCAGAUACCCUAGACCCACUCCAAUUUGAAUUACCGCCCCAAACAGAUCCACAGAUGACGCAAUCUCUAUUGCACUCCACACUGCCCUUUCCCACCAGGACAAAAGGAACACCUAUAUGAGAAUGCUAUUUAUUGACUACACCUCAGCGUUCAACACCAUAGUGCCCUCAAAGCUCAUCACUAAGCUAAGGACCCUGUGACUAAACACCUCCCUCUGCAACUGGAUCCUGGACUUCCUGACGGGCCGCCCCCAGGUGGUAAGGGUAGGUAACAACACAUCCGCCAUACUGAUCCUCGACACAGGGGCCCCUUAGGGAUGAGUGCUCAGUCCCCUCCUGUACUCCCUGUUCACUCAUGAUUGCAUGGCCAGGAACGACUCCAACACCAUCAUUAAGUUUGCAGAUGACACAACAGUGGUAGGCCUGAUCACCGAUAACGACGAGACAGCCUAUAGGGAGGAGGUCAUAAACUUGGCCGUGUGGUGCCAGGACAACAACCUCUCCCUCAACGUGAUCAAGAAAAAGGAGAUGAUUGUGGACUACAGGAAAAAGAGGACAGAGCAUGCCCCUAUUCUAAUCGAUGGGGCUGCAGUGGAGCAGGUUGAGAGCUUCAAGUUCCUUGGUGUCCACAUCACCAACAAAUUAACAUGGUCCAAGCACACCAAGACAGUCGUGAAGAGGGCACGACAAAACCAAUUUUUCCCCCAGGAGACUGAAAACAUAUGGCAUGGGUCCUCAGAUCCUCAAAAGAUUCUACAGCUGCACCAUUGAGAGCAUCCUGACUGGAUGCAUUGCUGCCUGGUAUGGCAACUGCUCGGCCUCCGACCGCAAGGCACUGCAGAGGGUGCAGAGGGUAGUGCGAACAGCCCAGUACAUCACUGGGGCCAAGCUUCCUGCCAUCCAGGACCUCUAUACUAGACCGGUGUCAGAAGAAGGCCCUAAAAUUGUCAAAGACUCCAGCCACCCUAGUCAUAGACUGUUCUCUCUGCUACCGCACGGCAAGCGGUACCGGAGCGCCAAGUCUACGUCCAAGAGGCUUCUAAACAGCUUCUACCCCCAAGCCAUAAGACUCCUGAGCAUCUAAUAAAAUGGCUGCCCAGACUAUUUGUGCACUAGUGUUAUUUUACUGUUUCUCUUAAAUUACUUGGUACUUUUAUUUCUUAUUCUUAUCCAUAUUUUUUUAAACUGCAUUGUUGGUUAGGGGCUCGUAAGUAAGCAUUUCACUGUAAGGUCUACUACACCUGUUGUAUUCGGCACAUGUGACUAAUAAAAUUUGAUUUGAUACGUUUAAAA